UAAGUUGGUGUUGUGAAACAUCUACAGCAAUGAGUGACAAAGAAGCAAAAAGUAUAAAAUAUGAAUUGGUCCCACCAGAUGGGGGUUGGGGUUACAUGAUUGGUUUGGGAGUUAUUCUAAAUUUGUCAACUAUAAUGGCAUUUAUUAAUUGCUUUGGAAUGCUAUUCAAGGAUUUAUUUAUUGAAAUUAACAUGGAUUCCACGGGAGUGACGGUUUUUAGUGGAAUUGCAGCGUCCUGCAUAGCAAUUUCAGGUUUCAUAGCUAUGCCUUUGCAGAAGAUUAUGUCCCUGCGCCAACUUGGACUAUUAGCUGCUUUUAUGUUCAACUUGGGAACAUUCUGCACAGUUUUUGUAAACACAAAAUUUCUUUUUAUUUUAACUCAAGGAAUGAUUCAGGGUUUGGGCAACGGAUUAGUUUACAAUCUGUCCUGUACUGUGCUGAACAAUUAUUUUGUGAAAAGAAGAAUGCUGGCAUUCAGCCUUACGCAAACUAUUGCAGCUGUAUUUUGUCUAUUAUCGCCUCAGUUUGUGAAGUGGUCGAUUGAAAAUUACGGGUCUCAAGGAACUCUUCUAUUGGUUUCCGCUAUUUCCAUGCACAAUAUUUUGGGAAUGGCUUUAAUGCAACCGGUGUCGUGGCAUAUGAAAAAAGUGGAAAUAUUGGAACCUAAGCAGAACGAGAUGAAAUUGCUUCUGACAGAGGAUAAAAAAAGCGAAGCAAAUAAAAAUACUUACAAAUCCGAUAAAUCGGAACACGACAUUGAUAAGAAUCAUGACAGCCAAAUUAAAAAAUUUCUUUCACAUUUUAUAGACUUUUCAAUAUUCAAAUCCUUUGUACUUUCCAACGCCUGCAUCGGAGUUUCUUUUAGUAGUUUCUUGGAUCUGAUGUUCACAAUGUUGCUUCCACAAGCAUUAUAUUCAUUGGGAUGGAGCGAAGGAGAAGUAGCGAGGGCCUUGUCACUAACUGCGCUAGGAGAUUUGGCAACAAGAAUUGCAAUUAUAUUAUUGAGCGGUGUUUUAAACAAAUUUGGGAGCCAUGAGACUUAUGUUGCCGGUCUCUUCAUCGCUUUUGUUUCAAGGAUCGGUAUGCUCUGGUCCAACAAUAACAUAGUGAUACUAACUUUCAUAACGAUAAUGGGCGUAUCCCGAAGUACCAUAACAGUGUUGGUUCCCGUCGUAGUUGCAGACACUGUAGGCCAGGAAAAAUUUACUUCCGCCAUUGGUAUGCUACUUAUGUUGUUUGGAAUCUUCAAUUGCACCGUGGGGCCAGUUAUUGGUGCCAUUCGAGAUUUGACCAAUAGUUAUUCUACUGCCUUCUACAUUAUAACGUCAUGUUUUGGUGUCAUAGUAAUAUCUUGGUCAAUAGAAUUACUUUACAAGAGGACAAUGCGCAACAAAAUGCUGAAAAAGGAAGCUCCAUUUAAAUCAUGACAAAGCACAAAAUUAAAUUAGAAUUAUCAAUAUAUUUAUAUAA